AGAGUCCUUGCGCGGCUGUGGGAAAGCAGAGUGGAGCCAGGACUUGCCUAGCGUGGAGCAGGCGCCAGAGCCAUCGCAGACCCCCAGGCACACCAGCAGCGCGCCUCGCACCACACCGCCCUGCUCGUCGUGGGACGGAGCGGAGCUGCAGCCCCACGCAUCACCCAGGACCCACUCGCCACCACCGCCUUCGCAGCACCCAUGGGGACCAGGAGACUUUAAAGGAGUUUGGGGUUUCGGGAGCAGGGAAACCACCGAUCCCAGCUCCUGCCUUUCGCCUCGCCUCGUCAUUGAUGGGCAACCAACUGGACCGCUUCACCCACCUCAACUACAGUGAGUUGCCUACGGGAGACCCGUCUGGAAUCGAAAAGGACGAGCUGCGGGUCGGGGUCGCUUACUUCUUCUCGGAUGAGGAGGAGGACCUGGACGAACGAGGGCAGCCCGACAAGUUCGGUGUGAAGGCACCCCCAGGCUGCCCACCCUGCCCGGACAGUCCUAGCCACCACCACCACCACCUGCUGCACCAGUUGCUCCUCAACGAGACUCAAUUCUCUGCCUUCCGAGGCCAGGAAUGCAUCUUUUCCAAAGUGAGCGGUGGCCCUCAGGGCGCCGACCUGAGCGUCUACGCAGUCACCGCGCUGCCAGCGCUCUGCGAGCCUGGCGACCUGCUGGAGCUGCUGUGGCUGCAGCCGGAGCAGGAGCCGCCCGCGCCCGCCCCGCACUGGGCCGUCUACGUGGGCGGCGGGCAGAUCAUCCACCUGCACCAAGGCGAGAUCCGCCAGGACAGCCUGUACGAGGCGGGCGCGGCCAACGUGGGCCGGGUGGUGAAUAGCUGGUACCGCUACCGCCCGCUGGUGGCCGAGCUGGUGGUGCAGAACGCUUGCGGCCACCUGGGCCUCAAGAGCGAGGAAAUCUGCUGGACUAACUCGGAGAGCUUUGCGGCCUGGUGCCGCUUCGGAAAGCGGGAGUUCAAGGCCGGUGGGGAGGUGCAGGCUGGCACGCAGCCCCCGCAGCAGCAGUACUAUCUCAAGGUGCACCUGGGCGAGAACAAGGUGCACACUGCCAGGUUCCAUAGCCUGGAGGACCUCAUCCGCGAGAAGCGCCGGAUCGAUGCCAGCGGCCGCCUGCGCGUACUCCAGGAGCUGGCCGACUUCGGGGAUGACAAGGAGUAGCCGCCAAGGGGCCAUCUGCCCGCCGCCUCCCCGCACCCGCGCUCCCUUCCCACACCCACCCGGGGCUUUGCAGCCGGUGACUCUAGAACUCCCGACCCCUCCCGUGGAGUCUCGGCCUGCUGCACCCCAGCACCCCUUGGCCAGCGGCAGGAGGGGGGUGCGCGAGCGCGCCUAGCCCAGAGUUGCGGUAGUGGGGACACAGUGGGUGGACCCAGCGCGCCCCUUUGCCUGGAGUUGUACUGGGGACAGAAGGACGCAGGCUAAGGGGAGCAGGGUCAUAAUACAGUGGUUGGUCAGUGACUUGGACAGGGAAAGCACCCUUGACUGAAAAAAGGGGGGCUAUCGCCGCACCCUACCCCUUAACACAAAAACCGAAGCUAGGCGAGAUGCGUCCCCAGGUGGCAGGAUUUCCAAGAAAUCGAGCCCGUCCCUUUUGCACUUGUGAGUAAUUCCACAAGAGAGCACUUCGGGAAUCAACUCAUCCUGAGGCUGCCAGAGACUUUUCCAGCUGUCUAGCCCCAGGUCUCCUGCCUGCCCCGUGUUCAGCGCCCCGGGCUGCUUCCUGGCUCUCAGGACUGAGGGAAGCAAGCGCCACCCGGACCUGCAUUCGCCAGCGAGUCUGGGAAGCCU